AAAAUUUUUCUUGCUAACAAAUGGGUUAUUCUCUUCUGAUCCCCCUUGGCUUCCUCCUCUUCUCGUCCAUAAAUGGCGAUUCCAUACAAGACCCAGCAUGCCCUUCCUUUGAUUGUGGUAAUGGCAUCACUAUUGAUUACCCUUUCUGGCACCAAAACCAACAAAUUGAGCACUGUGGAUAUCCAGGCUUUGAUCUCUCUUGCGCUGACCAAAAUCCAAUGCUCCAUCUCUCUAAUUAUACUGAUCUUUACCCCAUUAAACACAUCAAUUACUCUAAUAAAUCACUCAUCCUUGCUUACUCAGGUCUAAAAUCAGCAACUUGUCCAACAAUAACCCAUGAUAUUACAUUAAAUACGUCGUCUCUCCUGUUCAACUCUUCAGGCAACAAAUUGGUUCGUUUCUUUUACAACUGCAGCUUGUACCCUCCUUCACUUCCACACAUACAAUGCCUACAGUACGGUGCUAAGAGAUCAUAUGUGUUCAAGGAGGGUGCAAUCCCAGAGUUUGAUUGGAACAGAUAUUGUGCAUCUACUGUGGUUGUACCUGUGAUUGAAGAGGCAAUGGAUCAUGGAGAUUUGGUUCAGGGUUUUGAUCAAGGGUUCAAGUUGACAUGGAAUCAAGCAGCUGCUGAUGGUGUAUGCCAGUCAUGUGAGGCCAGUGGUGGAUUCUGUAGUUACAGCAAUGGCCUACCCAGUACUUUCUUUUGCAUUUGCAGUUAUGGAAGGGAGUCGAUUAACUGCCAUAAUCAUGGGGUUGCUUCAACUCGGCGACGGCCAAAUUAUGUUGCCUUAGGUGCUUUGCUUUUAACCAUCGGAGGUUUGGUUAUCAUGGCAACUGUGUUUUACGUCACCCAGAAGAAGAAGAAGAAUAAGGGGGUUGGCUCAUAUAAACCUGUUUGAAUGCAACCCAGGAAAAGCAUAAAUAUGCCUUUUGUCAAAUCCAUUUGGCUAUAUUAAUCAUCUACAACUAUACAAAUUGAGGCCAGUUUCUGGAGAAAAUGUAUUCGUGAUUGACAAAAUAAGAUACUCUUUAUUAUAAAAUUUUCCUAUUUGGCUUAUGAAUUAAUACAUUCAUUAAUAUAUUUUGUGACUUAAA